AUGGUGAAAGCCUGUGAGCAGUCCCUCGGUCAGAGACUCGAGGCCAUCGAUCAAAACAUCGGUAGCCUAGGCGUGCGGGUCUCGAAGCUGGAGACCUCGGACGAGCGUGUCAAGGCUCUCGAGGACAGGAUGCGGAAACUACUUGAGGAGUUGAACAAGCAGGGCACGCGCAGGUCCCAGUCGGCUGGCUCGUUCGAGCCACUGCUUAUUGAGAUCAAGGCCACGAGGUUCGUGGACCGCCUCCGGCAGGAACUUCCACCCGAUCUUCAAGGCUAUCUCAGAGAAUUUAAAUUGGCUGGCAUUUUCAGAUUUGAGAUCCGAGUCCGCACAACCCCCCAGUACACUUUGCAAUUGAAGGGGUGUAUCUCGGACAUCUUGAAGACCGGCAACUACAAGGUCAAUUAUAUCACCCCGUACGUGGUGGCACAGACUCCCAUGGAGGUCCGCCGGCAAUAUCAUAAAUUUGGCAAUAUCACCGAGGCCAACGAGAAGGCGGUCACGAAGAAAGACGGGAAGGACAUGGCCAUCGAAUGGUCCGCUUUUUCAUGCUACGUCAAGGUCCCCACGGAGGAGAGGCCAUUCUUGAUUGGGGAGGUGACGGACCGGGGGGACUUGGUCGUGAACGUCAGGAACACCAUCAG